UUCCACGGAUUCGUGUUUGCAUGCUGUUGUGUUGCUGCAGAUUGCCGAGAGUAGCACUGGGAGAUCACUCGGCGUGGAGCUCGGAAGGCUCCCCAAUCGAGCAGUGCAAAAGCGCUGCUUCUUCUGCGGCUGUGGUGGAUUCCAUGCGGUCUUUAAUUUCUCGCCUUCGUCUUCUUCUCGCAGGGCGUCGUUUAACUGCUGGUUGAGAGGGCAUUUUCUUCCUUGCUCACAGCUGUUAAAUCACAGCAUUGCGUGGUUGUGGAAUGGAGUUAUCGUAGAGGAGGAGGGAGGAUUUUGGAAGAGCGGGAGUCCGCGCGCGUUGAAGGCUUUUUCGUUUCCGUUGGACGGUUCAACAUAGGACGAAUUCUCUACUCCGAGAUUUCGGUUCGGUGCACUGCGAUUCUCAAGCUACCUCGAUUUGUGAGGACAUGAAAACGAUGUAACUUUGGCUUCUUUUCUUUCGCAAGACGAAAAAAUAACUUCCUUCCCACGAUACUUGAUGCAUGAGUAUGCUGGAGGACGUUGAGGAAAACUAAGUCUGAGGUCUCAUGCACCUCUUGGAGCACGUUGGACAGUUGUACCUAGACUGGAUUUUUAUUGGCCAUGAACCAACUCAUUGUCGAGUGAUGACGCUCUGCAGUUCCACAAACAGUGGUGAGAAAAGCUCUGGUGAAGAACAUUUGAGCUUGUGAGGAGAUAAAUUCAGGAAGGUGAACAGAAGCGCUCGUCGGAAUGAAAGGAUCCGCGUUCAAGUUCUUCCCUGUCACAGCUACUUUUUUGAUAAGCUUCUCAUUGUUAGCAGAGAGUUACGAUCCUUUGGACCCCAAUGGGAAUAUCACCGUCAAAUGGGACAUUAAUUCGUGGACCCCGGAGGGUUACGUAGCAAUUGUCACCAUUUUCAAUUGGCAGCAGUACAGGCACAUAUCUUCGCCUGGGUGGAUCUUGGGGUGGGAGUGGGCUAAAAAGGAGGUGAUAUGGAACAUGGUUGGAGCACAAGCCACGUCACAAGGAGACUGUUCUGCAUAUCAUAGCGAUCCUAUUCCCCACUGUUGUGCCCCUAAUCCUAGUGUUGUCGAUCUGCUUCCGGGAGUGCCCUACAACCAGCAAGUAUCAAAUUGUUGUAGAGGUGGGGUUAUCUCAUCUUAUGCUCAAGAUCCAGAGACUGCAUUAUCAGCGUUCCAGAUUACAGUGGGGAAUGCUGGGACAUCAAAUACUACUGUGGCAUUGCCAGUCAACUUUACUUUGAACACGCCUGGGCCUGGGUAUUCUUGUGGACCUGCAACUAAAGUCCCCCCUAGCCAGUUCCAUUCAACAGACAAUAGAAGGGUCACCCAAGCUUUCAUGACAUGGAACAUAACAUGCACUUACUUACAAAAUUUGGCUCAGCGAGCGCCGACUUGUUGUGUUUCUUUUUCAACAUUUUACAGCCCAACGAUUACGCCUUGUGCCGAGUGCUCAUGUGCUUGCGCAUCAAAUUCCACACUCGCUGCUUUGAGAGGAGCAGCAGAAUCCACAAAUUCGUGCAUCGAUCCGAAUACACGGUACGAUGAGCUUCCAGCAAUAACCACAAGGGGCGGCUCUUCAGCCAGUCAUCCCGACCUUUUGUAUUGCACUAGAGACAUGUGUCCAGUCAAGAUCCAUUGGCAUAUCAAAACUAAUUACAAAGAGUAUUGGCGAGUUAAGGUUACGAUCACCAACCGCGAUUUUUCUCGGAAUUUCACGCAGUGGACCUUAACUCUUCAGCACCCUAAUUUUGACAACUUUACAGACGCCUUCAGCUUCAACCACAGGGGAUUGAACCCUUAUGGCACAUUCAGCAAUGACACGGCUGUGUUUUGGGGUGUAAAGUAUUUCAACGACAUUCUGAUGCAAGCUGGUCCUUCUGGAAAUGUUCAGUCGGAGCUCUUGUUCGCCAAAGGAAAGGAUUUCAAAUUUAGCCAUGGGUGGGCAUUUCCACAUCGUGUCUACUUCAAUGGGGAUGACUGCGUCCUGCCCGAACCACAAAACUAUCCAGCUUUACCGAGUAACAGCCCACGAGUUCCAUCAAGUUUUCUCUCUUUAGUUUUCAUAGUAAUUGGAUUGUCAUUGAUAGAAUUCGUAUUUUAGAAAAUAUUACUGUGUUCACAAGACACGAAGAUGAAAUAACUACAGAAAGUACUUGUAAAUCUCCAGCAGGAUGAGAGAUUUUCAAUUCACCAAGAGCAUGAAGGUUCCAUAUUUAGCAUGAUACUUUUUCUUUUCUGUAGAUAUAUCGGUGCAGAAUAUUAAUGAGGGUUUCUAAAUGAACUGUUUAGAUGAGAUCUAACACCGCAGCAGGAAUUAUUGAAAGGGGUUAUGGAUUUUGUAAACGUU